AAUAGGCUACCGAGGUUUCUUUAUUUCACCCUCGAAGGCCCAAAACCCUAGCUCCUUCUCUUCAUAAACUACGGUUUAGAGAGGCCGCCGCAGAUCUCUGCUUACAGGAGCAAGUGUUGGGAAAAUGGUGAGAGUUAGUGUCUUAAACGAUGCUCUUAAAAGCAUGUAUAAUGCAGAGAAGCGGGGAAAGCGACAGGUUAUGAUUAGACCAUCAUCAAAAGUGAUUAUCAAGUUUCUCCUUGUCAUGCAGAAGCAUGGUUAUAUUGGGGAGUUUGAGUAUGUUGAUGACCACAGAGCUGGCAAGAUUGUGGUUGAACUGAAUGGAAGGCUUAACAAGUGUGGGGUUAUUAGUCCUCGUUUUGAUCUUGGGGUUAAAGAUAUUGAAAACUGGACUGCGAGGUUGCUUCCUUCAAGACAGUUUGGAUACAUAGUGCUGACAACUUCUGCUGGUAUCAUGGACCAUGAAGAGGCUAGGAGAAAGAAUGUAGGUGGUAAGGUACUUGGUUUCUUCUAUUAGGUUGAAGAGUGUGGAGGCGGUAGAGCAGUUAUUUCUUCUAGUAGGCGAGUUUUCACUCGGGAUGUAGUUGGAAUUUUAUGCAUCCUGAGGAUUUUAUUUUGGUGCUUUUUGGAACGUUGUACUGUUUUUUUUUUUAUAUUUACUCGUCGAAUUUUCUUUUAUAUUUUGAAUUUUAUUGGAGAUUAUUAGAUGCAACUAUUUUAGAGGAUUAAGGUUCAUAUUUUUUCUUCUUA